CAUGCGCCACGAAUGUAUAACUAACAACACAAGGUCAAAGGCACGUGCGUCUACCGGCUGUCAUUCAGUAGUCUGUGCGUGGAUAGAGUGGAUUUAACUACCUUCGCGCUUGUUUGCGACUUUAUAAUAAUACCUGGGGAUUGAUUGCGGUUUCUAUCUACUUUUGGAAUGGCAAGAGGAAGUCGCAGUCAUCUUUCACCGGCACCAGCGAGUGCUCCUGCCCCAUCCUACGCUCCAGCCCCCGCACCACCACCUCCUCCGAUGGCAAUGGCCCCUGCCACGGCCCAGCCCAAGCAGCCAGGUCUCAUGGCCCAGAUGGCCACCACAGCUGCUGGAGUGGCAGUCGGCUCGGCCGUAGGGCAUGUGGUGGGCAGUGCCAUCACAGGUGCUUUCAGCGGAGGCAGCAGCUCAGAGGCACCCAAACCAGCACCCACAUCUCAGGAGCCCUCACGACUUCCACCCUCUCAGUCUGGCCCAUGUCUCUUUGAAGUGAGGCAGUUUCUGGACUGUGCCACGACUCGAGUGACUGAUACUGCGGAGAAAAAUAAGGAGCAUAGCGCCAAAAUCUUCCAGUUUCUGAAAGGAGAGCUUGGGCUUAGCGAUGACCGGUAA